GACAAUCACUCGGUGCCUAGUUUUUUAAAAUCUUCUUCAAUGGAUGAGUCCUUGGCUGAGGCUAUCAAUGCCAUUGAACCCAACACUGUUCCAACUGCUCCCAAGAGCAGCAAUAAUGGUAGCUUUACCCAUCCAAUAGCUGGUAGACGCGCUCAUGCAGCUUCAAGUGGAAAUAGCAGGAAUGUUCAAGCAGCCGAUGAAGGUGACUUUGGAGCCAACCACUCAAUGAAUAGAUAUUCUGGCUACAGUUUACCCAUUAAAACUGAGCCGUUAAAGACUUCAGACUAUCAACGCCAAAGCAGCAACAAUUUAGCUAAAGCAAAUAUGUCGAGCAACGAAAAUGUGUCUGAGCUUUUAGGUCGAACCGAUUCACUUCAAGAGCAACUGGAUCAAGACGAUCUUGCAUCGGCAUCGCCUACACGAAAGUCUCGUUUUCGAGCAUCAAUCGACAUGAUCCCCAAAUUCAGUUUGAGCAAUAUGCUUAAACUAGACGCUGGAAGCACAAAAAAGAUGAGUAGCACAGAUGUACAAAGCCCUACAUUACCUAAUUUUUCAGGUACUCAAUUUGAAAAGUCUGGCACUGCUUCAAACGAGAUAAAUAUGACUGAUGGGAGAGAGACUGCUAGUAGAAGAGAUCGGCGUGGUAGUCGUUCUGGAGUCCCUGUUGCAAAUAAUGAUAUAGACGACGAAAAGGAAAAAGUCAGAAAAACAACUGUUGCCGGACCAAUGACUGCCUAUGCAGCAUCAUCUCGUAAAAUGGAUGAUGGUGAUCAGGUCAUGGUGAUUAUUCCUGAUCUUAUGGAUGUCGAGGACGAAGACAUGAGCGCGACUGUUGCAGUUGCACCUACCAUCAAAACUAAAGCCAUGAAAACCAUUAGUGAAAUUGAAAGUGAUAUUUCUCAAAGCGAUGCAGUGGUCAAUCAGCUGCAGCAUCUAUCUGUGCCUGGAAUCGAUAUGUCGAUUUUGAUUCGUGCUGCACUUUGCCCACCGUCACAGUUGGACGAACUUGAUCAACCAUGGGAUUGGGAUUUGCUUUUUACUCAAGUAUCAUCAGAAAUACAUGCCGAAAAGGAAAAGGAGCAUUUAAAAUCAUCCAACUUUUCAAGCGCAUCACAGCAACAAAUAAGUCGACCCCUUGGCACUACCACAGUUUAGAACAUUGAAUUGUCGUCAGUUAUUUAGCACGCAUGGAACCAGAGGCUUGACAUGAA